AUGAACAGUGAGCAUCAGACAGGCAAUGUGUCUGAGCCCAGUAAUAACAGCAACAACUUAGCACUUCACACAGUGCUUCCAUACACACGAUUUUAUUUGAAUGCUGCCACAACCCUCUCAGAACACAUCAUUCACCUUUUACAGGUGAGGAGCCAGGUUCCAGCAGCUAAGAACUCCUCCUCUGCCCCUGGCAGCAACAGGCAAGUAGGGGAGCGAGGAUUGAAUCCAGGGUCUCAGAUCUGUAGUCACCACAUCCCACUGCCUCCCCACACAUGUCCACUUCAGCAUCUGCAUUUGUUCCUCCACCUGUCUCUCUCCUCCUCUGACUAUGAGUUUCUCUGGUGCACUUAA